CCGUCCGCUAGACCCAGAAUUCCCCGCGCCUGGACAAGAUGGACGAAAGCAUCGGCCGCAAGACGACAAUGUUUUGUCUAUAACACCUCAAAGGAACGAACAAGAGAAGAAAAUACCAACAUUUAUAGCCAGUCGCGGUCAUGUGUAGGACACCCCUACCUGGCCCCAUCUAGUGUUUCCCCUCCUGCACUUGCCAUGAGUAUUAUCCAAGACAAGCUAGGCAACGAGUUCCUGCAAAGCAACGGGGGCAUGGACCCCAACUUCGCCCCGGGUAUGCUCAUGUUUAGUCACCUGCCGCCCGUCACCAGCUUCACCUGCCUGACUUCGCAGUCAGUCAUGGGGGGCAACCAACCCCAGGAGAUAAUCCUAAAAAAGGAACGUGACUCUCCUCCCCACGCCGGUGGCUUCCUCCAUGGCAUGGGCAUCAAGCAGGAGCGGAUGAGCGAGCUGGAUUACCGCGUGCCCCUCUAUGGUGGAGGAGGACUGGGUGGCAGCUGUGGCGGAGGAGGGGGCAUGCGGAAGGGCAAUGAGAUGCUGGAGAUGCAGUUUGGUGGAGGCCACCACCACAACCAUCAGAACACGCUCCUGCAUGACCUCAGCAACGGCCGAAUUGGAGAGCUGGUGUCUGGAAGACCAGUGAAAGGGACAAAAGACGCGUCGGGAAGAAGACGGAAGAGCGACGGGGAAGGGAAAGCCAGAAGAAAACGUGGAGAACACAAGACGUUGGACGGCGACGGGGGCGGCCAGUCUCCCAACUCCAAACCACACAUCUGCGAGCACUGCAACGCCGCCUUUCGCAGCUCCUACCACCUCCGCAGACACGUACUCAUUCACACAGAUCGCACAGGUGAGAGGCCUUUCCGGUGCAGUCAGUGUAACAUGAGCUUUAUCCAGAAGUAUCUGCUGCAGCGGCAUGAGAAGAUCCACAGCGGAGAGAAGCCCUUCAGCUGUGACCAGUGUAACAUGUGCUUCAUCCAGAAGUACCACAUGGAGCGACACAAGAGGACCCACAGCGGAGAGAAGCCAUACAGGUGUGACACCUGCCAACAGUUUUUCUCGAGGACAGACCGGUUACUAAAGCACAAGCGGACCUGUGGAGAAGCCUUAAAGAAGGGCCUAGACCCCAGCAUGCUGCAGCUGGCCGACGCAGACAUUGGCCACGGCAGCUACUCACUCACUCAGGGAAAUGCUACCGCCACCUCUGGACGCAGGAGGGGCAAGUCCAAAAACGCAGGCGACGGCAUCGAGCGCAAGCGUAAGAGAACUGUGGCCGCCACCGUGUCGUCGGGAAGCCUGCAGGACUACGGCAUGGAGUGCUCCGACCUCGGGCCCAGCAUGCAGGGUCGCACACCCAAGCUGGUCUUCAAGAAGGCCAAUAAGUCCCUCAACUCCAUGGAGGACGGGGGGCAGAAGCUGCUGUCUCAGAAGCAGGGCUCCAUGGAGCUGUCGGUGGGCUCAGGGCUUGAGGCCAUGGGCCUCCUCCAGGGCUCCUCCGGUGGGGGCGCCAAGCAGGCCCAGUCAGCCACCAGGCAGGCCCAGUCAGCUACCAGCAACAACUACGACGACGCCAUGCAGUUUGUGAAGAAGCGUCGCUACCUCCAACAUAUGUCCAAUAGCGACUAUGGGGCACCCUCCCUCCACAUGGGUCAGCCCCAGUCCAGCAGUGUGAUUCAGGGCUCGCUGGGCCACCACAACGAGCCCACCAUGGCCAUGCUGGACGCCUUGCCCCUGGACCUCAAGCACCAUGACAAGUCAUGCAUCCCGGACGAGGUGCUCCAGAGCUUGCUGGACCAUUACAGCCACAAGUCAGACAACGCGCACCACCACCAUAGUGACGUAAGCUUUGACCUCACCGACAGCAGUGGCCCGCACCACGUGGACCUGCAGCCGGCCGCACCUGUCACCCCAGAGCUGGAUGACGACUCACCCAACGGCGGCGACAAGCAGGUGGUGAUGAGCGAGUACUCCAAAUUCCUACUGCAGGCCCUAGAGCGCACCAGCAGGCCCUUCCCUCUGCUCCCUAGCAGCUCCAGCCCCACAGGGCCCCUCUUCCCUGACAAGCAUCUCUACACUACAUCCCCGCUGGAAUGUGGCUACCCACCAUCCAUCUCCUUGCCGUUGCCCAUCUCCACAGUCUCCUCUUCUUCGUUGUCAUCCUCUAAGUCCCACUACGGCAUGCUGGUAGGCUCCCUGUCCCAGCCGGCCUUCCACCUCAAUGGCCUGGAGGCGGCUAGCCACCAGCAGCUCACCCCGUCUCAGGAGCUUACCGAGCAGCUGGAGAAGCAGCACCACUCCCAUGGGUUCCAGCUCACACCCCAGGAGCUGACAGCCGCCGGCGGGGCCACCAAGGAGCAGGGGGCCAAGGGCAACAGGAGCAACGGCACCGGCAACUACGCCGACCUAGAUGUACCCAAGGAAGUGGACCUUCGGGCUACCUACCAGAUCGAGAACUUUGCCCAGGCCUUCGGCUCCCAGUUCAAGUCGGGCCGCCAUACCCCGCUGGGUUACAGCGCUGGCCUCGGGCCCGAGGUCGACCAACGAAUACGGGCUACUGUGUCAGAAUUCUCAGGGUUUACCAGUUUGUUAACUGACGUCAGCGAACCAGUUAGUACAGGAUCGAAAACUGCAACAAGCCAAAGUUUCAGGUAAGGAUUAAAAAUAGGUGAACCUAGUUGUGGGUUUUGUUUUUCUUUGUGUUCCUAUACCCUUCAUUUUCGUCUUGUAGUGAGAUACAAAAAAAAUGAAACACUGCCAUUAAAUGUUGAUAACCAGAACUCUACCAGGGAAGGUCUUUAAGGCCUCAAAUGCAAUUUUUUGAUUUUUUUUUGUAUCUGUAUUUAGUCUUUAUUUUGUUAGUGUAGUUGCUAUGAAAUGAACUAAACCUAGAUUUGUAUGUAAUUUUAAAACAAAAAAUUGGGGGGUAGCUAUGAACUUAAUUAUUUUUCUUUUACCUGUAACCCCUUGUUUUUAACAAUCAUACAGUUGUAAAGUAUUAAUGAAUGAUGAUAAUUACAAUAAUAAUAAUUAAGUUUGUGUCAGGGAAAAGCCCAGAAUUCAAAUGGCAAAAAAAGUUAUAUAUUGUCUGUUACAAGAAUUGUAUUACUCAGGAAUUAAGGCAAAAUUGUGUAAUAAGAAGAACUUUGUAUUAUGAGAUGCAACUGGCACACGUUUUACAGGUGUACUUUGAGACUACAAAGCUUUGUUGCUAUUUAUCCCAGGAGGAGGGCGGAACAAAAAGACUGCAACAACUUCAAUGGAUCUUCCUGUUCAGUUUUCCUCAUCAAACCCUUUCCGCUACUUGUUAUGGUACUUCUGUGUCAAUGUGAAAACAACUGCUCACAUUUCCUCCAUAAAGGGCCACAUGUAAAAGACUCGCAAACAUGGAUAUUUAUUUAUACAUAUUUAUUUGUCUUCUGCGGCUCACGCCAUUUCUCUCCUGGCAGCCGGGGUUGAUCUUUUCCUACAUCUGCUCAGAUCUCAGGAAACAAAAGUCUGGCUGGCUGGCCACUUCACUCCAAAACACACACUAUGCGUUGAAAGAAAGAGCGAGAGGCUGAGAAACAAACGAUAGGAUUGACCUAAAUAUACCUCAUAUCACUGUUGAAGCUUCAGAAAGCAGCAACACAUGUUUCAUGUAUGUAGUGAAAAUACUUUUUGUAUAGGUUAAACAUUUUGCAUAAUCAUGUAACACUGCUUGUGUUUACAAUUUAUAGAAGAGCAUUUGACUCGUUGAAAUGCAAAAUGUAUUAUCUUUUUUUGUGUGUAAAGCAUUCACGCCAAGCAGUGUUGCAUUCUAGGUGCCUCAUAGAAACUGUCAUUUCUCUUAUGUUGUUAUAUCCUUUAUUUUUGUUACUUGCCCUAAAUGUUUUCAUAUCUCUAGAAGGAUAUUGUUUACAAAAAUGUACAAAAAACACUAAAAGUUUGUUCAUUUGGUUUCUUCCAAUAUGCAUGAUAUGAUGAUUUUUGUAUGGCCCUUUUUUUCUGAUCGUCACCCCACCUAAUUGUAGCUGAUGCUUCCCCAUCCCUGUCCUUUUUGUUCUAGACCAUUGUGAUAUGAUUUACAGGGCUGUACAUGUUACUGCAUUUAUAAACUGAUUAGAGAAGCCAAUAAACAUUUUUUUACAAAGAA